AGAUGUUUCCGCUUCCGUGUGUUUAUGGGCACUUUAUUUCACUCUACUGUUGUCUGGGCCAAUUGCCGUGCAAUCUGGCGUUUACGAGGGUCUCAGCAUUAACACUCCUCUGGCCCAUGAGAUAAUGCGUCAGGCCAAAUCGGCUGGCAUGCGAUCCUAUAUAAACGAGAGCGUGAAUCCCUGUGAUGAAUUUUAUGGUUAUGCAUGUGGUAACUUUGCCAAGAUCAAUCCAGCGCUGGAAACGAUCAGCACGGACUUCUUACGGACUUUAAAUGCUGGCUAUCAACGUCGAGUGCGUCAGUUGCUCAAUAAACCCAAAAUGAGCAAUGACAGUCCGACAGAGACGAGGGUCAAAUAUUUCCAUGAAUCAUGUCUGAAUGCCGAGAAGAAUUUGUGGAAUCAACGCUCUCAACUAAUCGCUUUAUUUAAAGAAUUUGGGGGAUUUCCCGCUCUCGAGGGAAAUGCCUGGAAUGAGUCCAAGUUCGAUGCGAUUGAAAUCAUGGCGCAGCUCUUGAAUCGUUUUGGGAAAGUGACACUGCUGAAUGUGAAGGUUUCUCCGGGACUGGCCAACAGUCAGAUUAAUCGACUUUAUCUGGGACAACUGGAUGAACUAGAGAGCAACAAGGCAGUCGCUUUACACCUGAGCAAUCAGUUGAAGUUGAUGGAAAGAUUGGAGAAGCUCUUGGGUCUCAGUGAGUCUGUUGCUCGCGAAACGGCUGUUGAGAUUACGAAACUAAAUGUGAAACUGGCUGGCGGCAUCAGUGAGCCACAGGAAACACUUCCACCUGGUCAGAUGAAUCGUCUCCGUAUGUUGAAUGAAAUGAGCGACGAUUACGGCCCGACCUUGAAUCUCACGCGAUUUGUACGCAGCUGGUUGAAUCACGAUUAUCAGUUGCCAGUCUUUGAAUAUGGCCAGAGUUAUUUUUGGCAGCUGAAGAAAAUUCUAGCCAACACUCCCAAGCGUGUGCUGGCCAAUUAUAUGCUUUCCUCGCUGCUGCAGGACUUCGAGAUGGUUCCAUGUGGUCAAAGGACUUCUGAGCUGUUUACCGAUUUCGUGGAUCACAUGGUGUAUCGAUCGCUGGAGCAACAGAAUCCCCACAUUCCUGGCAGUUUGCGGCAACUGUGGCAGGAACUGAAAGCGUCCUUUACAGAAAUGCUGCAGAAGACCACUUGGCUGGACGAGAAGACCCUUAACGAGGCUCUGGCCAAGCUAAAGUCCAUGAGUUUCCGUAUACUCGGUGCAGAGUCACAGAACUUUGAGAACUACUACAGCACAUUGAUAAUAAGCACUGAGGAUUACUUUGGGAACGUGCAACGUGCUCUGGAGUUGCGUGGACGACAUUUACGAGAGGAUCUGCAACGUGCCCCCAAUCCUAACCACUACAACGACAUCGAAGUGUCUCCAUUUUAUGCAAUGCAGCUCAAUCGUGUCGUUAUCCCAGCCAGCUACAUGCAACAUCGUUAUUUAUUUGAUGACGCCUAUCCCAUGGCCAUCAAAUAUGGCACUGUGGGAUUUGUACUGGCCCAUGAAAUGGCCCAUGGCUUUGAUGACUUGUCAAGAUUUUUUGACGCCCAGGGCAAUCAGCGGGAUUGGUUUGAACGGAAUGCCACACAGCAGUUUGAGCAACGCAAACAAUGUCUGGUUAAUCAAUUCAGUGAGUUUAUUUAUAAUGACAAUAAACUGCCCAAGAUGCAAUUGCAGUCGGAGAAUAUUGCCGAUAAUGUUGGAGUGCGAAUUGCCCAUGCUGCUUAUCUAAAUUGGCUACGACAACAACCAGAAAGGGAACAGCUAGGAACAGCUUCGAAAACCAACCCGGAGAUAUUGCCCCGAAUAUCACUCACGCCGGAGCAGCUUUUCUUUCUGGCCCUGGGCCAAAUGUCGUGCAUGGAUAUAAGGCGUCAAUGGCGACAGGAACUUGCCGCAAGUGAUGAACAUGCCCCAAAUGAGGUGCGAGUUAAUGCAAUGAUGGUCAACUUUGCUGCAUUCGCCAAGGCCUUUGAGUGUCGUGACGGAGCGAACAUGAAUCCCAUAGAAAAAUGCGUUAUCUACUAAGGCUGCUCAGCUGAUUAGAUGCUCAACUUACGUCCUUAGUUUACGAUCUUGUACUUGAAAUAAAUAUUCAUAUUUGUAUACGUUCCGUUUUCGAUAA